GUAUUACAGAACGCGAUUAGAUUGACAUUUGUCUUUUUGUUUUCACGUGGAUGAGACAUACCGUUUUCUUGUAAGACAGCAUUCAUUUCCUAAUAUAGAAAUCUAGGACACGGUGAACAAAGAAACAGUGUUAUCAUGGUUCGUGUAAUUAGUCAAGAGACCUACGAUGAAGUCGUCAACGAGAAUAUAGAGCAAUUUUCGAUGACUCCCGAAGAAGCUGUAGAAGAUGCUAUUAAACAAUUCGAAGCACAGGGUGUAGACUUGAGUAACAUCAUGAAAGAUUUAAUACUCAACAAUGACAAUGAAUUGAUAACAUCUUAUCUGAGUCAACUUAAUAUAGCCAUAGAGGAUAAGAAUUAUGGAAAUGUUCCUCAAACGUUAGACAAGUUAAGAAAUGAAUUAGACAAAGAUAUCGCGUACAGAGUAUACGCAGGUAAAAAAGGAGGAUACGAUACUUUAAUAAAGUUAAUGAAAUCUUGCCCUAAUAAUAGUUUGGUAAUAAGGUCGGCAUUGAAGGCCGUUACCUCAUUGAUGAAUGGUAAUCCAGACUUAUUAAACGACGAGGGAGUGGCAUUGCAAAUAUACAUUUUAGAUAGAUAUACCGACAUUCCAACGUUACAAUAUCUUUUGCACUGGAUUAGAGAAUGUUGUAUAAAACACGAGCAAAAUAGACAAAGUAUUUUCAACGCAGAUAUUUUUAAUAAACUUAAAAAAAUAUUAAUUCGAGAUAACGCGACCGGACCUGAAUUACGAGAUGCUUGCGCUGUAAUUAGAGCUCUCGUGUUAGACGACGACAUUAGGCACGAAUAUGGGAAGUCUCACGAACAUGCAACCGUUAUAGCAAAAGGAGCCCUUAAUGUUUUGACUGGGUUAAUGCCAAGAUUUAAAAAAGAUAAAGGAGUCGUAGGAGAUUUAAUGAUAACUCUAGCUGCGUUGAUCGUGAGAAAUGAAUUCUGUCAAGAGGUAGAGGAUGCAGGAGGACUGAAAUUCGUUGUAGACAUUAUGAUCGAUUAUCCAGAUUCGGAAAAAUUGAAUUGGCAGGCUUUGAAAUUAUUAAAAGCUCUCGCUGGGAACGACAGCGUGAAAUCGCACAUCGUAACGUCCGGCUGCAGCCCUAUAAUUGUUUCAGCUAUCAGUAGACUCAAAGGCUCGGAAUGCGUAGUGACUGCUGGACUUGCAUGCAUUUCUGCAUUAACAUUGAGGUGUCCCUCAAAUGCUGGUGUGUUUUACGACUGUGGAGCGCCGUUUGUAAUUAUAGAUGCAAUGAAAGCUUAUUCUAAAAGUUUGAGUGUGUUGAAGCAAGCUGCUUGGGCCAUUCGAAAUAUGUCUGUAAGAAAUAAAGCAGAAUGUCAAGAAUUUAUUGCGUAUGGCGUAGAAGGUGUCUUGAGGAAUGUUCUUCAACUACACGGCCCUAAACUCGAAAGCGACGUGAACGCAGCCUUGAGGGAUCUAGGAUUGAAAGUAGAACUGAAAGAGAGAUGGACCGGAAAGGGUGUUUCCAUGGACAACACCAAUUAAUCGCCACGAUGUUUCUAUGGCAAUGUACCAGACAUUUUUAUGUACUUCGCUUACACGUGACAAAUAAAUGUCCGAAAAUAACGAGUAACGAUAGUAUUUUCUUGUAGUAUAAUUUACGUUAAUAGCUUGAACGAGAAGACAUAUUGUUUUUUUUUUAUAUAUCGCUGUAUAUUUAUAUGUUGUAUAUUAUUAUAGAUUUAUAAUAAACUUUUACCUUUAAUACGACGAAA